AUACAGACCGCUAUUCUCAUACCCCCAGAGCCAGAGCCGAACAACUAUGGCCUUAUAAAAGGGACUGAAAGCAGCGACGAGCACACACAUUUCUCAUUUCACGGUGAAAGACUGAAUGAACUGCAGCCACAUGUGGAUCAAACGUUAGACUUUUGUAACGGAAAACGCCACUUGCACUGUGAGGUGACUGCAGACAGGCUUUCUCAGCUUCUCAAAGUGGCAUGUUAAAGCUGUCUGGAGUAACGUCAUCGGCACAGACGACAACAUGAAGGUGACAGCCCUGCUAAUCAUUUGCUCCUGUCUGAUGUUGGGGAGUUUGGGGAAGCCACAAUUCCCUGAACAAGAGAAGGAUCCCAAGUUUUGGAAUAAGUGGGCCCAGCGGACCCUGACGAAUGCUCUGACGCUGCAAAGCCUCAAUAAAAACGAAGCAAAGAAUCUCAUCCUCUUCCUGGGAGAUGGGAUGGGCGUUCCCACGGUGACGGCUGCUCGAAUACUGAAGGGUCAGCUGAACGGACAGAGCGGAGAAGAGACGCAGCUGGAGAUGGACAAGUUCCCUUUUGUGUCUUUGGCCAAGACAUACAACACUAACGCUCAGGUGCCAGACAGUGCUGGCACCGCCACCGCUUACCUCUGCGGGGUCAAGGCCAACGAGGGCACCGUGGGCGUGAGUGCAGCUGCUGUCCGAACCCAAUGUAACACCAUGCACGGCAAUGAGGUCACCUCCAUCCUCAGAUGGGCUAAGGACGCAGGCAAGUCCGUGGGAAUAGUGACAACGACCCGUGUCAACCAUGCGACUCCCAGUGCUGCUUACGCCCACAGUGUGGACAGAGACUGGUACUCCGACAAUGAGAUGCCAGCUGACGCGCUGAAGGACGGCUGCAAGGAUAUCGCCAGACAACUCUUUGAAAACAUCCCAAACAUUGACGUGAUCAUGGGUGGAGGGAGGAAGUAUAUGUUCCCUAAAAACAAGUCCGACGUGGAGUACCCUGGCGUUGCGAAGCACAGCGGCACACGAAAAGACGGAAGAAACCUGGUGCAGGAGUGGACUGACAGAAUGAAAGAUAAAAAAGGCUAUUAUGUGUGGAACAAGAAGCAGCUCUUAUCACUGAACCCUAACAACGUGGAUUACUUAUUGGGUCUCUUUGAACCUGCGGAUCUGCCAUACGACUUGGAGAGGAACUCUGAGACGGAUCCCUCGCUGACAGAAAUGGUGGAAGUGGCCAUUAAGAUCCUGAGGAAGAACCACAGGGGAUUUUACCUGCUUGUCGAAGGAGGUCGUAUCGAUCAUGGACACCAUGAGGGCAAGGCCAAGAUGGCUCUGCACGAAGCAGUGGAAAUGGACCGAGCCAUCGGUCGGGCCGAUCUCAUGACCAGCACCCAUGAUACCAUGACUAUAGUUACCGCUGAUCAUUCUCAUGUGUUUAACUUCGGAGGCUACACAGUCAGAGGAAACACCAUAUUUGGUUUGGCCCCAAUGUUGAGUGAUGUUGACCAGAAGUCCUUUACCGCCAUCAUAUAUGGGAACGGACCAGGUUACAAACUUGUUAACGGCGCGAGGGAGAAUGUCUCUACUGUUGACAUCCAUAAAAACAACUACCAGGCCCAGGCAGCUGUUCCUCUGAGCAUGGAGACUCAUGGAGGAGAGGAUGUGGCGGUGUUUGCUAAAGGUCCCCUGGCUCACCUGUUACAUGGGGUCCAUGAGCAGAACUACAUCCCUCAUGUGAUGGCGUAUGCAGCCUGUAUCGGCCAGAACAAGGAACACUGUAUGUCACGUAGCGGGUCUGCCGGUUUACGCCCCGUCCUCUCUAGCAUCGUAGCCCUUCUCACAGUCACCCGACUUCUGUGCUGACCCCCCCGACGAUCCUCAUCCUGUUAAUAUCCCCGAUUUAACCACUCAUGCAGUUUAAGAUUUCAAUUUCCUGUUUUGUUAUUUCUUUUUCCUAAUUUUACUCGACAAUAUUUGUUUUCAUUGGACCAGUGUUAGGGCUUUUUGGUGUUAUCAUAAUGAAUUGAUUAAAGCGUAAGGGUAUCGGUCUAUGGUUGUUCAAGCAAAUAUGAAUUCUUUACAAAAUAAUCCCCCCCAAAUCAAGGAUUUUAGGCCCCAUGAAGACUCUGUUAAAUGUAAACCCUUUAAGUUUGAAUAGAUUGGUUUAACAAAUGUUUGAACAUGUUUCAUAUUUUAAAUGUGCAGUUUACAAAAUCUACCUCAUAAGCUUGCAAAAGAUCUCUCAUGCAAUUAUGGUGCGUCGAGAAGGGCACAUUUGAUGUUCAAAAUUUAAUGCCGAAACCAGAGGCUAAUGAAUGUAUAAUUGACAAAAGAGUAAAAUAUAUAUAUUUCUUGUCAUACUCCUUGUGCAUACUUGGAAAAAGCCCACCUACCAUUGUUGUGUCCAAUAACAGAAGUUGUUAAACCUCUUAACCAAUAAAAGACAUGUGUUCUGAGCA